CGCUGUUUUUAUUUUGAAUCUCUUACUUCUAGAGUCCCUACCGAAGGCCAUUACCAGCAGCUGAACAGUGUUGACGACGAAUAUGUGGUGGCAAGCGCGCUCUGAAGUCCAGAUUCUUAAUGCACUCAAAGCCCCGACUUUUGUCCUAAUAUUAGGCCUAUUCCUCAGUAUAUUUACAGAAACUUGCGUUGCAAACGCCCAUUCCGAUGAUCCUAUUCACUCUGAAGAGUUUCCUGUCGUCCAACCCCAGUGGAUACUCGAAAUACGGACAACAACAAUCGUUAAGGGCUUUAAUGUCGUGGAAGAAGAACUCGACCUCCAGCGCCGUAAUCGAAUAGAUGAAAUCGACAACGAGAAAGCCCUUCUGUUUAAAAAGCUGCAAAAGCCUGCAAAGAAGGGAAAUUUGAGAUAUAGGCUAUUGUCAGCAAUCGAUGGAUUUCAGCGUUUUGGAAAGAUUGCAGAGACAGGCAUCCAGCGGAAGAGAGAGUCAUACAGAAAACUAACCCAUUGGCAGAAACAAACAGUAGAUAGGGUCGCAGGUUAUCAAAAAAAGUUCCAGGACGCCUCGAGCGCAAUCCAACAAAACGCAGAACUAGCUGUGAAAAUUGCAAAUCACGCCAUGGAAUAUUAUGGCAUUAAACCUUCAGAGGUGUCGGCUUUUUCCAAGGAGCUGGAUAAGAGUGGUGAAUCAUCUGAUCAUACUAGUGUUUCGCAGGCCUUGAAACAUAUUGUACGUGAUUGGGCGGACGAUGGAAUAGAUGAAAGACGGGCGGUGUUUCCCCAAAUCUUAGGAACGCUUCUUGAUCUGUUCCCAGAACGGCAGAACAGUACCGUCAGGGCACUGAUCCCCGGGUCAGGCUUGGGGAGACUUUCGCAUGAAGUCGCCGACUUAGGAGGUUUUCAUGUAAUAAGCAAUGAGUGGUCAACAUACAUGAACCUAGCUUACCGCUACAUCGCGAGCCUCAAACAAGUCAAGGGGGGAUCUUUAUAUCCUUAUGUUGAUAGCUGGUCACAUCAGCCUACUACCGAAGAACUUCAGCGAGAAGCCCAUUUUCCUGAUCUCAUCGCGUCUCCAAAUAGCCUAAUCCAUGUUGAAGGCGACUUUACUACUGAGUUUAAGCGCCACGACAAGUUCGACGUUAUAGUAACAUUGUUCUUCAUCGACACAGCACGCAACCUAUUACACUAUUUUGAAAAUAUUCGAGACCUGCUGAAACCAGGUGGCGUGUGGAUAAACCUUGGCCCCUUACUUUAUGGGUCUCGACCGUUUGUUGAAUUAUCCCUAGACGAGAUCAUUGAUGUUCUAGAGACUAUGGAAUUCAAGUUUAUACAGACCAAUGAGCACUGGGGAGAGAUUACACUGCCCGGGAAAACAGUGAGGGGGAAAGAGGCGAGGUAUGGAUUGAAUCCGAGGAUAUUAACGAAGAACUCCUAUAUGGCUCAGUUUUGGGUGGCAACGACACCAAACAAAUAGUGUAAUAAGCACCAAGGAUAGUCUGUGGAAAUGCUGUCGAGUAGAUAUAUGUAGUUGGAUUAGUG